CAUUAUAAAGGAGCUAAGUAUCAAUAACUUUUGCUUAUUUGAUUUUUCUUUGUUUUUGAUUAUUGCACCCAACAGAAAGUACCUUUGCCAAGUUUGUGCAUUUAACAAUUGGAACAUCGUAAAAUUUCAGGGUGGAGAUCUUACAAAAAACACAAGUACAUCAAAGAGAGUCUAUCAGUAUAUGGAUGUGUGGUAACUUGUCCAGACAUGGUUGAACCCAAGGAUCCCACCAGAACUUUUGACAAAGCUGAUUAUUAUGCACACGCCGAACACUACAACCCCAUUUUCCAUGAAAAGAUAGCUCCAUAUGCUUCUGUGAUUGUCAAUUGUAUGUACUGGGAGAAAAGAUUUCCGCGAUUGCUAAGUAUUAAGCAGCUUCAAGAGCUCACAAAGAACGGAUGCCCACUAAUUGGAGUUGCUGACAUAACUUGUGACAUUGGAGGCUCAAUAGAAUUUGUCAACCAAACCACACAAAUAGAGACACCUUUCUUCAGGUAUGAUCCGCUUUCUGAUUCAUACCACGACGACAUGGAAGGAAAAGGUGUCAUAUGUCUAGCCGUCGACAUUCUUCCAACGGAGUUUGCAAAAGAGGCAUCUAAGCAUUUUGGUGAUAUAUUAUCCCAAUUUGUUGGCAACUUGGCAUCCACUAAAAACCUUUCAGAACUGCCAUCUCCAUUGAAAAGAGCUUGCAUAGCACAUGGAGGAGCUCUUACUUCUUUAUAUGAAUAUAUCCCUCGGAUGCGCAAAUCUGAUCUAGAUGAUUCUUCAGAAAGUAUAGCAAAUGGCAAAUUGGCAAAGAAGAAACACAACAUUCGGGUAUCGUUAAGUGGUCAUUUGUUCGAUAAAUUCCUGAUAAACGAGGCGUUGGAUAUUAUUGAAGCUGCAGGUGGUUCAUUUCAUCUAGCUAAGUGUGACGUGGGCCAGAGUUCGUUCGCCAUGUCAUUCUCUGAACUUGAAGUUGGUGUUGAUGAUAGAACAGUUCUAGAUCAAAUUAUCGAUUCCUUAAAUUCUCUUGCCAGUGCAAAUGAGGAUUCUGGAGAUUUCGAUAAAAACGAGAAUAAAUUCUCUAUGAAGUUUGGUAAGGUCAGUGAGAGUGUGGCUGAGAAGGGAGAAGACUUGGAAGAUAGACCUGUAGUUUUGAUUUUGGGUGCAGGCCGUGUCUGCCGACCAGCUGCUGAGUUCUUAGCUGCAGCUGGAAGCAUUUCAUGUUUGGGGAAUGAUGAUACAGACGAACCGAAAGAUGUUCAGGUUAUUCUGGCAUCCCUCUACCUAAAAGAUGCACAAGAGACUAUAGAAGGCAUUAAGAAUGCAACAGCGGUUCAGCUUGAUAUAACGGACCAGGAAAGCCUUUGCAAGUAUAUCUCGCAGGUUGACGUUGUUAUCAGCUUACUACCACCUAGUUGCCACAUCACCAUCGCGAAGGCGUGUAUCGAGCUCAAAAAGAACCUUGUAACUGCUAGCUACGUCGAUGAUUCCAUGUCCAAGUUAAAUGAGGAGGCUAGGAUUUCUGGUAUUACAAUUCUUGGUGAAAUGGGAUUGGAUCCAGGCAUUGACCAUAUGAUGGCGAUGAAAAUGAUCAACCAAGCACAUGCAAGAAAGGGAAUAAUAAAGUCGUUUACUUCCUACUGUGGAGGACUUCCAUCUCCAGAGGCCGCAAACAAUCCAUUGGGAUAUAAAUUCAGUUGGAAUCCUGCAGGAGCUAUCAAAGCUGGGAGGAAUCCAGCAACAUACAAGUAUUGUGGAGAAACUAUGUACGUUGAUGGGGAUAAACUUUAUGAUUCAGCGACAAGGUUCAGGAUACCUAAUCUGCCAGCUUUUGCUUUGGAGUGUCUCCCAAACCGUAACUCCUUGGUCUACGGAGAUUUUUACGGGAUAGGCGACGAAGCUUCAACCAUCUUCAGGGGAACCCUGCGCUAUGAAGGCACGAUUGGAGAAAUAAUGGCAUGUCUGGCAAAAAUUGGUUUCUUCAACACUGAACCUCAUCCUGCUCCGAAAGAAGGAAAAACAGUUACAUUUGGUACCUUCCUAGAUGAACUAAUAAAAGUUAACUGUGACGAUACAGUGGAAACUGUGAGAUACGGAAAUGAAAUAGUUGAAAGGCUAAUUACACUCGGUGCUUGCAAAGAAAGAGCUUGUGCAGCAAAAACUGCAAAGACCAUCAGGUUUUUGGGACUCCAUGAACAAACCGAAAUCCCUGUUUCUUGUAAAAGUGCAUUUGACAUAACCUGCCUGCGCAUGGAGGAGAGACUAGCCUAUGUUGACACAGAGCAGGACAUGGUGCUUCUGCAUCAUGAAGUGGAGAUAGAAUUUCCAGAUGGCCGACCAACAGAAAAGCAUCAAACCUCUCUAUUGGAAUUUGGAAAGAUUAAGAAUGGGAAAACUACUACAGCCAUGGCUGUCACUGUUGGAAUUCCUGCAGCCAUAGGAGCCCUGCUAUUACUACAGAACAAAAUCAAAACAAAAGGUGUCUUACGACCUCUCGAACCUGAAGUAUACAUGCCAGCACUGGACAUCUUAGAGGCUUACGGUUUUAAAUUGUCAGAGAAGAUGGAAUAAACUAAACAUACAUGCACAUUCUGCAGUCAUAAAAGUUUCUCUCAGGCGCUCGAUCCAGACAAUGUACCGCAAUAGAUAACACCAUGUUCUGUAUAUAGUUUGUAUAAAGGCGUUCAAAUAAUGUAAAGCUACAGCUUCUGUUCCAUAUAAAUCUAGCUAUAUUUCAUAACAAAA